UCGGGCUCCUGACCCUGUUGGCUGGAAAUCGAGGAGUAAGGUUCUUCUCCUUCUAGUUGGCCAGGGUUCGAGUCUUGGUACUUGCAAGUCUUACACCACUCUCCAGCAGAAAAAAAAAAAAAAAAAAAAAAAUCAUUUAAAAAUGAGUUUGAAGUUAAGGAGGCCCUUUUCUUAUUAUGGGUAGGGGAAAUUAUAGGGAUCAGGUAAUAUUAAACAAGGAUAAAAAGUGCGCACCGAUUAGUCACCAGGGCUCUCAUACCUUGGUGGUUGGACCGGUGAAAAGGGAAUUGACUAGCGCUCCCUGUCCAACUGCUGAGGUUCGAGCCUUGGUGCUUCUGCUUUGCUUAUCUGAUGAUCCUUCUGCUUGUAUUGAUUACAGAGGGUUAAUUCCAAUAUUGGUCCCUGUACUCUUUACAUAUAAAUACGAGUUGAGGUCAUUGGUUCAAGUGGUGGUGGGGCCAGUGAUGUUGAAGAAGCAGAGAUGAUGAAUGUAUAAGUUCAUUCAUUUCAUUGAAAAAUUCUAAAAUGCCUUUCCUUUCAUUGCACUAGCUUUCUUUGUAAUACCCUUUCUUCCCAAAUUCCUUUUAUUUUUUUGUUGCAGAAUUUUCUCAGAAAUAAUUAGGCUGAUUAGAA